AUGAAGGCCUUUGCAUCCUUGAUCGCCAUCACCUCUCUCGUCGCCGGAGCGACAGCCCAGUUCAUUGCCUCUAUUUCCUCUCCGGCCAACGGCACUGUUAUCGCAUCCGGCGCCAACUUCACCGUUCAAGUGCAGGAAGGGAUCUACGUCGAGAACGUGAACCAAGUUGGAAUCGUCCUGGGGCUUGCUCCAUGUAGUCAAGUAGACUGCAAUGCAUAUGAUGCGUCGCAGGAGGUUGGCGAUCUCCUGUACCUCGGACCGUUCAAUCCACAGUCUGGGCCUGGGGGACCGCCAUCAGGCGAGCUAUUUGAGAACUUCGCCGUGCAAGCGCCAGCCGGAGUAUCGGGUCCCUAUGCGCUCAGUCUGACGCAAUUGGACCUCAUCGGAGCAUCGCAUGAGCGAGUAUAUACAGUCAGUAACAUCGUUGUUGAGCUCCAGUAA